UGUGACAGACUAACUUUUCAAAUUUGUGUCAGAGCGUUUUCAGCGUGUCUCCCGGUCUUUUCUGUCCUCUUAACUGUUGCCUGAAUGCCUGUAGAUGUGUGUGUCUCACUGUGUGUUUUUGUGUGUCUGUCGCUCUGCGUUUGCUUGUUGUUGUCUGUAUUCCCUGGUCUGAUCGCACCUGUGUCUGACAGCCCCUGUCCUGUGUUUGCACAGCAUAAGCUGAAGUCUUCGCAGAGGGACAAGGUACGGCAGUUCAUGUCCUUCACACAGGCUGGGGAGAAGACAGCUGUGUACUGCCUCACACAGAAUGACUGGAAACUAGAAGUUGCCACCGACAACUACUUUCAGAACCCAGAUCUCUAUUGUAAGGAAUCCAUGAAAACGUCAGUAGACCGAAAAAAGCUGGAGCAGCUCUACAAUCGCUAUAAAGAUCCUCAGGAAGAGAAUAAGAUUGGGAUUGAUGGGAUCCAGCAGUUUUGUGAUGACCUCUCGCUGGAUCCGGCCAGCAUUACUGUGCUGGUUGUCGCGUGGAAGUUUCGCGCUGCCACUCAGUGCGAGUUCACCAAGAAGGAGUUUCUGGAUGGAAUGACAGAGCUUGGGUGUGACAGCCCAGAAAAACUGAAGGCCCUUUUGCCAAGAUUAGAGCAGGAGCUCAAAGAUAGCGGGAAGUUCAAGGACUUCUACCAGUUCACCUUUAACUUUGCCAAAAAUCCUGGACAGAAGGGUUUAGACUUGGAGAUGGCCGUAGCCUACUGGAACCUGGUUCUGUCAGGACGAUUUAAGUUCCUUGAUCUUUGGAAUAGAUUCCUUUUGGAACACCAUAAACGAUCCAUCCCAAAGGACACAUGGAACCUCUUGUUGGACUUUGGUAACAUGAUUGCAGAUGACAUGUCAAACUAUGACGAAGAGGGAGCGUGGCCAGUCCUUAUAGAUGAUUUUGUGGAAUUUGCUCGACCGAUUGUAACAGGAUCAAAACGCAAAACUCUCUAAAUACAAUCCCAACUCUGGAAAGCCAGAACGUUGUUUCUUUUACAGUGACUUCAUAGGUUUUUUUAAGACUUGUACAAAAAAAGUGAAAAUUGUAGACUUCAGAGAGGAAACAGAAGCACUUGAAACUGUCAGGAAACCACCUUUCAGGGAGCUGAGUAAAAACUAUGAGAACAGCUGGCCACUUUUUUUGUCCUCACGAGACUGGGGCGUCAUAUGGACAUUGCCAGAUUCACCUCCGUCUCUCCUGCUGGAUUCUCAGUAUCCUGGAAGCCCCUCUGAUCUGCUCCCAGGAGGAGCACUACCUGUCAGGCCACAGCCCUGUAAGUGGGGAUGGACACAGCACUGAGAGGAGGUUCGCUGGCUGUGUGUACUCUAAAGGGACUGGAGAGGAGAAAACGGUGUGUUUUAAGAUUCUUCCUAGUCGGCUUUGUUUUGUUAUAUGAAGCUCUGAGUGACUGUGCAAAGUUCCCAUGUCUUACUCUAACUUUGGGACAGAGUGCUCACUACACCAGCACCAACAGAACUGUUGCAGUUUUUACUGUACAUACUGUAUCUAUUGGGACAGUUUACAAAGAGAGCUAUAUGAAGAAAUAAUAUAAAUAUGUUCAAUUUAUAAAUGCAAAAGAUGAUUCUUUUAUGUACAGUAAAUGCUAAGAUCUCUAACGGGAUGCCUCAAUAUCGUGAAUGAUAUGCUGUUGGUUUAAUUAUUAGGUGGAUCUGUCAAGUCAUGGAAUUGUGAACAUCUCAUUGAAAGCAUGUUAAACACAUUUUACGUCGCCUCGGGCUGGUUUCACAAAUACAUUUUCACUCGAGUAAAGGCAGUGCUUUAAUUUAGAUAAUUGAUAUUGGUUUGUGGUAUUCAUUUGUCAGGUUAAUCUCAAUUGGGAGUGGGUCUUGAAUCCUAAAUUGACCGUAGUCAUUCUGAUCCACAGUACCACCGCUUUGUUUUCAAAAGAUAAUUACUUUCUAACUGUUGAGGAAAGAGUUUUGUUUUUAUUCAGGGGAUCCCUCCGAAAUAUUAUUGAUGCUAAAGUGACUAUUGAGCAGCAUUUAAGUGAAAUUUAAAGUUACAGACCCUUAAUGCAUGGCACAUAUCUGUAUGUUAUGGCAGUGCGAAGCUCUUAGUUCAGAAGCCAGGACACUAAAGAGGGCAACAACAGGACGACAAAGUAAGCCUUAAGAAUAAAUAUCUCUGUUCAAUAUUUAUGUUUCUGUUCAAGCCCAUCUGUCCAGUGUUACUGAAGGUAGUGAAAUUAGAAUAUAUUGUUGAUACAUCAUGUAAGUAGCCUAAGUAUAUUGUUCAUUUAAGAAAGAUGAAUAAAGCAUGAAUUUUUCCAGAA